GGUCUGUUCGCAGGGCCAACUAAAGUCCAUCAUCAAGCUAGUUAGCGACGCUACGUGGUGAGCGUUAUCGGUGAUGCGCUCACUAGCAACAACGGAAGAUGGACUAACUACGUGAUAUUUUCUCCAGUGUUUAGACAAUCACUUUUAAGCUGUGAGCCUUUUCAUUUUGUAGUAAUUAGCCUCUUCAUUCAUGCGGUCGCUGGUGCACAGGGGAGUUUGAGCUCUGAGUGGCGGGCAAGCUCAGUCAUCAGCUCAGAGGGACAACACGGCUCAAUCACCGCAGAGAAUCGGUAUGGUGGUACCGGACAGUGCCGGUGUGGUCCAUCAGCCUGACAAUGGCAGCACCACCGGCCUCACGGAGAGCUCCGAGCCCGGGUGUGAGGAGGUUGGGGGUCAAGACCUCGCAGCGGGGGAGCUGGAGGAGGUCCGGAAGCUGCAGGAGCUUGUUCGUAGGUUGGAGGUCCAGAAUGAGACCCUGCGAAACAGGGGAGGCAAGACUGUCAUCCCCAGACCAACCAAUAGCAAUUUCUCUGCUGCUGUCAACAUUAAUGAGAGACUGACAUGUGAAGGGGUCACCAACUCCCACCUUAGGUUGGAACACAGCUGCGAGCUGGGCAGUACAGACUUUAAAUUGUCACCCCCUCAGGACAGCAGCAGUGGUGAAGAGAUGUCUCCUUUGCCCAUCUCCAGCACGCUGGAGGAAGAGGAUGAAGAGGGGGCGGUUGAAGAGGAUGAUCAAGGUCCUUGCAGGGGCUUUCUAACUCUGGCCUGUAGCAAUGGAACGGGACAAGCUCAGGGGCAAAGCCAGACGCCAGAGAGCCCGUCUCAGGAAAGUUAUGAGUCAGAGACGCUUGCAGAGAGUGACUCGGGAGUGGACCAGACUGCACUGGAUGAAGUGGAUGUCCUAGAUUUGGAGGAUGAGUGUGCAGAAGUAGAGGAUGAAGACAGCUGGUUGUACGUGUCUCCUAAAAAGCAGGUAGCUGAUCUAGGGCCAGACUCGCCGUUGAAGUGGUGUCGACAGGCUCUCGAUCAUCGGAGCCCAGAGACAGAAAUAGCUUGUCGGACACUGAUCAACCGCUUGGACCAGACGUCUCGAUGGAGGAACAUGUACAGCAGCCCUUCAGAGGCAGGCUCAGCGAGCUCAGGCCUGAUCUCUCCUGGGUACCACAAAUCAACUAACAAAUCCCUACUAACUUGUGGCAGCUCAGGUGUCACAAACAUGCAAUCAGCCCUGAGCUCUCAGUCCUCCAUAGACAGUGAACUCAGCACAUCAGAUGACUCCAUCUCUAUGGGAUACAAACUCCAGGAUCUCACCGAUGUUCAAAUCAUGGCUCGCCUGCAGGAAGAGAGUCUGAGGCAGGAUUAUGCCUCAAGCUCGGCAUCUGCAUCACGCCGCAGCUCCACAACAUCUCUACAGUCCCUCCGUCGGGGUGGAACAUACAGUGAUCAGGAAUUUGACACGUACAGCCUGGAAGAUGAAGAGGUUGAAUUUUGCCCGGCACCACAGCGUCGACAUCGCUUCACCCCCUCGCCUUUAGGCUCACCUCGUUGCCUCUCUCCCUCCACCUCCAACCACGGUCAGGAAUACAGCAGCCGACUCGGGGCACCGCGCACAAGAACACCCAGACGAUCUCUCCAGGGCCCAAGUGCUGAGCUGCUCAAAUUUGCCAAAAGUGAAGAGGAGUUGAGGCACAGCAUGCCUAAUUUGGCCCCCCGCACCAGCCUACGUUCCCUGGAGGCAGUCAGAAACAGCCGCAGCAUGGAGGCUAACCUCCAGAGCUCUGGCAACCGCAUGUCUCACCUGACUCACUCCCCCUCCGCAGGUAUGACUUGCAGUCGUCUGCGUAGCAGUGGCCAGUCUCCUCUCUCCCUGCGAACUCCAGUUAAGGCUGUCACCCCUGUGGGCUCUAUGGCAGCUGGUCGUCAGCCCUCCAGAGGUCUGCCCGUUGUCCAGACACCACCUGCAGGAGGGGGUCGCAGGAUCCAGUCACCAGGAUCUGCCAACGGAGGAGCCUACGUACCUGGGAGAGGCUCAUCUGGGGCAGGAAGGCCCACAGUGGGGCGGAGUCAGGCUUUGCCAUCAGUUUCCAUAAGAAGUAAACUCUCACAUCCUCCCAGGAGGUCUUUGGGUAUGACCAAAAUCUCUGAUGAAUCCUGGAAAGAUGGCUGUUACUGAGUUCUCCUGGUGAUGAAGGACGUUCACUGCUGCAACUUUCACCUGACUUCUCCUCUAUACAAACAACAAAACCACUGUGUCCACAAAAGUGUCAACCAACCUUGGUCUCCCAUUUCAGACUGGAACGCUGGGCUGCACUGGAUUUGUAGUUAAUCUCUUCCCUCGCAUGAAACAAUGUCAACCCACACAAAAAAGAGGAUGUGUAGGAAGACGAGGAGCUUCACAGACACACUCCAUUUGUUUUAUAGACCAACUCUAAGCUUCCAGAAGAUUUGUUUGUGACUAUUUUAUGUAUUUUUCUAUGGUAAUAGUGAGAAACUGCUGGAAUUAUAAGAACUGUAUUACUGUGCUGUUGAUGUUAUUGAUAUGAAGACAAUUUUAAUGAAGAUAUUGCUGGUUUGUUCAUUAUCUGUGUGAAUUACUACUAGAUGAAGGUGCUGAGUGUUGCAUGCUGGGUUUUGUUGUUCACCUUUUUCCCCCACGGCCUUUACAUUACCCUCCCAACUGCAGUAUGACAAAUCCUUCAUGUGAUCUUUGCAAAUUUUAUGAAUGUUUGAGUGGUCAUUGUAAAAUCUUUAGAUUUGUGUUGUGUUUUGCUCUUUGCCUACACAGCAAUGCAAUUCUUAAACCACACUGCCCUUAUUCAUUUUAUUUGGGGGGAAAAAAUAUGGUUUGUGCCAAGGUGCAUUACAGCUGCAACUCUUUAAUUCCUUAUAUAAUCUUGAAUAAUUAAAGGUACUGUUACAGUACUUCUAAGUUUUCCAUGCAUUUUUACUGCAUAUCUAAAGGUGGAUUUUAGUGUUUGCCUUUGGAAACCACUGUAAUAAAGAUGUUUAUGCACAAAGGCCUUGUGCCUUAGUCAGCUAUGCACCCUCGUGAAGAGUGCCUCUGAAAAUUAGGAGCUGUAAUGAAAAUUGAUAAUAAAGUCUACCCUGAAGCUG